AUGAACCGGAACGAUCGCCAAGCCGUCGACAACAUUGUGACAUGUCUGACGGCUACACAACCAGACCUCAACAAGGCUCGACACCUCGCAGAGGCUCUGGUAUCGAGGCUUGACAGCGAGGAGAGUCGCAGGUCUGUCUCUGCCGCAAUUAGCCAUUACCCCACCAUCGUCAAGGAGAUUGUUUCUUCGUACACCUUUCCGCCCCUGCGUGCCAACGCCGACAGACUGACGAGCUUCAUUUCUCCAGCCAGUUCUGCAUCGGCAGACCCUGCUUCCCCACUUGACGGCGAUACCAUCCAGGUGGGGUAUGCCCCUUCAAUGCUUGCCGACAUACGUGAUCAAGUGGAUUCAUUCUUGACGACAGAGUCGACAAUCGACUCGCCCGUUGUGCGCGACUGGACUCGCUCAUACGUGGCUUCAUACGACAUUCUUCCUCGCGCGCCACUCGGUUACAAGGACGAUCUGAGCGCAGCGGCCUUGGCCAUGGUCGGCCUACCAAUCAACGACUUGCUCAAUAAUCCUGAAGCAUUCGAGCAUGGUCUGGCGUCCCGUGGACGACCCAGAUGGCAACGACCCGCUCCAGUUACAAACAGCCUUGGCAUCACGCGUUGGGUGUGCAACCUGAUGGACGAGGAUGGGGAGCCAACCAUCGCGAUGAUGGAAUGGAAGAGACUGAUCGUUCUUCGAACCGAAUCCAUGUCCCUGGCUGAGGAGGUGGUCCGGCAGCGCUCUGAGAGGCGGCUUCCCCCACUCAAACUCCAACAGUCCAAUGGCAAAAUCGACCCCAAAGAUCGCAGAAUGUCUGGCAACAUGUCAAAGGCCAUUGUUCAAGUGUGA